AUGUGCGGCAUCCUUGCCCUGAUCCUGGCAGAUGCCACCUCGGACAACGCCGCUGCCGACCUGCACGAUGCACUGUACCUCCUCCAGCACCGCGGUCAAGAUGCGUGUGGUAUUGCGACCUGCGCACCCGGCGGGCGCAUCUACCAGUGCAAAGGCAAUGGACUGGCGGCAAAAGUCUUCAGAGAUGGCUCCAGAGUCGUUGAUUUGCCGGGCUUCAUGGGCGUGGGCCAUCUAAGAUAUCCCACAGCCGGCAGUAGCGCGAAUGCCGAGGCUCAACCCUUCUAUGUCAACAGUCCCUACGGCAUCGUGUUUGCACACAAUGGUAACCUGAUCAACGCGCCAGAAUUGAAGCGCUAUCUGGAUUAUGAGGCCCAUCGACACAUCAAUACAGAUUCCGACAGUGAACUCAUGCUCAACGCCUUUGCUAGCGAGCUCAAUGAAACAGGCAAGGCCCGUGUCAAUGAACACGAUAUUGCGAAGGCUCUUGGCAGGAUGUACGACCGCUGUCAGGGUGGAUGGGCUUGUACUGCCAUGCUGGCGGGCUACGGUCUGAUCGGCUUCCGUGAUUCCUACGGUAUCCGGCCUCUAGUUCUGGGUGAGAGGAACUCGCUGGAUACAUCCGGAAAGGACUACAUGAUGGCUUCCGAAUCGGUGGCUCUGGAACAGCUGGGUUUCACUGUCGUCCGUGACAUCCUACCUGGUGAAGCUGUCAUUAUUGAAAAGGGUCUCGAGCCUCGUUUCCAUCAAGUGCAGCCUCGCAAAGACUACGCCCCGGACAUCUUUGAAUAUGUUUACUUCGCUCGACCAGAUUCCGUUAUCGACGGCAUCAGCGUUCAUCGCAGCAGACAGCACAUGGGUACCCGCCUGGCAGCCAAAAUCAAGGCAACGCUCUCGCCCGAAGCCCUGAAAGAAAUCGACGUGGUUAUCCCUAUUCCCGAGACAUCGGUAACCUCGGCGGCCGUAGUGGCAAAGAUGCUCGACAAGGAGUACGUCCAAGGAUUUGUCAAGAACCGCUAUGUCUUCCGCACCUUCAUCAUGCCACAACAAAAGGAACGUCAAAAGGGUGUAAGAAGAAAAUUGAACCCGAUGGAAAUGGAGUUCAAGGGUCGCAACGUGCUCCUAGUGGAUGACAGCAUUGUUCGUGGAACCACUAGCCGCGAGAUUGUGACCAUGGCCCGACAAUCUGGCGCAAAGAAGGUACACUUUGCCAGCUGUGCGCCACCCAUCACACAUACUCACAUCUACGGAAUCGACCUUGCCUCUCCGAGUGAACUGGUGGCUCACAACUACAUCGGCGAGUCCGCGAUCGCCGAGCACAUUGGGGCCGACAGUGUAGUCUACCAGACCCUAGAUGAUCUGAAGGCAUCCUGCAUCGAUGCCGCAGAGGAAGCUGACGCUAAGGAAGCUCCUCGGAAUUUCGAAGUGGGUGUCUUUUGCGGCACCUAUAUCACUCCUGUGAGCGAAGGCUAUUUUACUCACCUGGAGCGAAUUCGUGGUCAGACCCGAAAGCUGAAAGUUGCGGACGAAGCUCGCCGCGCUGUUGCUCAGGGCCACGCCGACGUCGAUCAGAUCCAGAUAGCUGCCACUGGAGCAGUGGUAAAUUCCAACGGCAAAGUAGUCCCAGCGGUGAGCAACGAUCGCCGCGCAAGUUCUCAUCAGACCAAUGGCUCUGGUAAGGUGAUACAAAGCAUGGAUAUUGCACUUCAUAACUACAACGACUUUCCGCCCAAUGACUGA